AUGCACAAACUGAUCAAACAGUGUCAAUGUCCAGAUGGUUACAGUGCCACACGUGUAAUGGAUGAUGAUGGCGCCGGCAUAUUCAUGGACAAUCAGUACAAUUUCAAUAUGCAUUGCAAGAAAGAGGGUGGCGUUUUAGGAGGCGGUUAUUUGGUUGGUCUCAUCGCAUUCGCACGUAAAUUUGCCCGUUGUAUUCUAACACUAACAAUGUUAAUUGGCAUUGUUUGUGUAACAUUUUAUUUUUGUUCCAUGUCCCGUGAAUCCACCUCGGCUCUAACAACGACUAGUGCUUUGGUGCAUGUAACCGAGGCCGAAUAUACAAUAACAUCUUUAAACUGGGAUACAUCUUAAGCGGGAGUUGGGCAAAUUUUGCAGUAAAUGUAGAAUAAAACUUAGAAUCCUUUUGUAUGUGUGUGUGUGCGUGUAUAUUAAAAGUACUGCGGUUUAGUUGAUAAUUAAUUCCUAUAAUUCCUUUUAAAUGUUUUCAGUUCACAUUGUACUCUUGUGUAAAUAAAUCCAUUUUUUUUCUUUA